UGUGCACUGAGUUUCAGAACUGACACUUUUAUAUUAUAGGCCCUUCUUAGGAGCCUUGGUGCAUUGCUGCUGCUGAAGAGGACAUGGGCCUCAGAGCAUAUUCAUGUAGCCACUAAUCACCAGCCAUGUCCUGCUCAGGAUCCAUUGGGCAGCCCUGUUGAUACAGGAUCAUAACUAUGCAUUCAGAUCCUUUGCAACUAAGAAAUGGAUGAAAGGAAAACCACAGCAAACCAAGAGUCUCAGUCUAGCAGUGUUUUGGAUCUCUGUUGGUCUUAUGAUACAGCUGCCCGUGUUUUGCAGACUGAAGCUUCUGCUGGAAUACACAAUGAGGAUUACAGCAUGAUUAUAACCAGUGGUUCAUCACCCCCGGAAGACACAGGAUCCCCUGGAAAUAUUUUUGAAGAUGGCAACCAAUUGAGGCAUCAAGUCUCUGGACAUUCUUUAAAGUCUACAUUGCGAAGAAAUUCAUUUGAUUCAUCAAAGUCAAGCAACCUUUGCCAGUCUUUAUUAGAAUGUAAGAAUCCACAACAUGCUACAGAUGAUAAUGAAAUAAGGAAUAUUCUGGAUGACUUUUAUGAGUUACAUUUUCAAAAAGCCUGCAAUGAGAGAGAAGAUUCUGGCAAGGCAGUCUUGGAUAAAAUUUCUAUGAAAAUAGAGGAAUUGCGUGCAAACCAACAUAUGUAUUCAUUGCGUAACCUUCAAGUGGCAAGGAUUAUUUUAAACAGAGAUGGACCUAAAAUUCUACAGAGCCAUUCUACAGAAUCAGUCUUCUCAUCUCCAGUACACGAUCAGUCAUCUAAGUAUACAAAGACCAUACCUGGCUUAUCCGAAGAUGUUAUCCGUUUUAUUAAAAGUUCAAAGGAAAAAUAAACACUGUAUUUUUUUACACAACUAUAAAAAAUAGGCAUUUGUUAAGUUGAGCCAAAAGGGACAGUCUACUUGAAAAUUGUUAAUGUUUAAAAAUAUAUAUAAUCCAUUUAUUACCCAUUCCACAGUUUUGCAUAACCAACACGGUUGCAUUAAUAUACUUUUUACCUCUGUGAUUACCUUGUACCUAAGCCUCUGCAGACUGCCCCUUAUCUCAGUUCUUUUGGCAGACUUGCAUUUUAGCCAGUCAGUGCUAACUCAUAAAUCCACAGGAGUAAGCACAAUGUUAUCUAUAUGGCACACAUGAACUAGCGUUGUCUAACUGAAAAACUGUCAAAAUACACUGAGAUAAGAGAUGGCCUUCAACAGCUUAGAAAUUAGCAUAUAUACCCUAUCUGAAUCAUGAACGUUUAAUUUUGACUUGACUGAGAAUUUUUUGUUUGAUAAAUAAAAUUGACAAAGCAAUGGCA